CCACAACUGGCCCUUUUUUCUUGCAAAUACUCAAGCGUGAACUUGAAACAAUAUCAAAGAGGCACUACACAUACCACAAGUCAGCAGAACAAGAAAACAUUGUGCGUGAAAUAAUAGGUGCUAACAACUAUAGCCUACACUGGAGCAAGGUAGACUAUGUGUACUUUCCUCUGAAUACUGGAAAUCAUUGGGUGUUGUUAGUACUAGAUAUAAAGCAAAGAAAAGUUAGGGUGUACAAUUCAAAUGCCAGAAGAGGUGAUUCACUGAGGGAUAUCAGAUCCUAUUAUGCAAGCAUAACUGUGCUCCUGCCCAGAAUUAUGGAUUAUCACAGUCUACGAACCGAUGGGUGAAGAGAUUAUGGGUGAACGGUAUUUGGAAGUAGAGCCUGUAGAAGGAUGUCCACAACAAGAUGAUGGGGGAAACUGUGGAAUAUACAUGUUGAAGAUGGCAGAAUUUAUAAUGGUAGAGAUGGACAUGGAUGCCAUAUAUCCUAAAGCAAUACCCUUGUUUAGGGAAAAAUGGCAACUGAGCUGGUUUUAUACAGCAAGAGAAGGCAGGUUGAGAAAGAAUGAAGUGCAACUUUUAAUAUGUAAUAGUACUUUUGGAACAUCCAGUACAUUUGUUUUGAAACAAUUAUGCUUAUCCUUUGUUAUUGUUUUGAAACAAUUAUGCUUAUCUUUUGUUAUUGUUUUCGAACAGCAUGUUGUUUGACUUUGUUAUUGUUUUUCGAACAGAACCUAUGAAUGUAUGUUUCAA